AUGGAAGAUAUCAUCAUCGGCGUUGCGGCUCUCGCCGCGGUUCUCCUCUUCUUCCUCUUACAAAAACCGAAAACCAAACGGUACAAACUUCCUCCGGGCCCAAAGACGCUUCCGGUGAUCGGAAACCUCCACCAACUUCAGAAUCUAAACCCACAACGUUUCUUCGCCGGAUGGGCCAAAAAAUACGGACCAAUAUUUUCUUACAAGAUAGGAAGCAAAACAAUGGUGGUGAUAUCUUCAGCUGAGCUAGCCAAAGAGCUUCUCAAGACUCAAGAUGUCAACUUCGCCGACAGGCCUCAGCACCGUGGCCAAGAGUACAUGUCCUACGGCCGCCGUGACAUGGCGUUUCACCACUACACACCUUAUUACCGGGAGAUAAGGAAGAUGGGCAUGAACCACUUGUUCUCACCCACGCGUGUUGCAUCCUUUAAGCACGUGCGUGAGGAGGAAGCUAGGACGAUGCUGGCUAAGAUAGAAAAGGCCGCCAAGAAAUCCGAAGCGGUCGAUAUAAGCGAGCUUAUGUUAACAUUCACCAACUCUGUUGUGUGUAGACAAGCGUUCGGGAAGACGUAUAAUGAAGAUGGGGAAGAGAUGAAGAGGUUCAUCAAGAUUCUUUAUGGGACUCAGAGCGUUUUUGGGAAAGUUUUCUUCUCCGAUUUCUUCCCUUUUACGCGCUACGUUUUCGAUGAUCUUACAGGCCUCACGGCUUAUAUGAAAGAGUGUUUCGAAAGACAAGACACUUAUCUACAAGAGGUUGUCGAUGAGACGCUUGAUCCCAAGAGGGCCAAGCCUGAAACAGAGAGCAUGAUCGAUCUCUUGAUGGACAUUUAUAGAGAACAACCAUUCGCCUCCGAGUUCACUCUAGAGAAUGUCAAAGCUGUGGUAAUGAAUAUCGUAGUGGCGGGAACGGACACGGCAGCUGCUGCGGUUGUGUGGGGGAUGACGUAUCUAAUGAAGUACCCUAAAGUGAUGAAGAAAGCUCAAGACGAAGUGAGAGAUUAUAUGAAAGAGAAAGGGUCAACGUUUGUUACUGAAGACGACGUCAAGAACCUUCCUUACUUCAAAGCCCUGAUUAAAGAAACCCUAAGGGUCGAACCGGUGAUUCCUCUCGGUGUUCCUCGUUGUUGCAUUCAAGACACCAAGAUUGCUGGCUACGACAUCCCCAAAGGAACCACGGUCAAUGUCAACGCGUGGGCCGUUUCACGUGACGAAAAGGAAUGGGGACCGAACCCUGACGAGUUUAGACCGGAGAGGUUUUUCGAGAAGGAAGUUGACUACAAAGGCACGGACUACGAGUUUAUACCGUUCGGGUCGGGCAGGAGAAUGUGCCCGGGGAUGCGUCUUGGCACAGCGAUGCUUGAGGUUCCAUACGCGAAUCUUCUCUACAAAUUCGAUUUCAAACUUCCUAAUGGAAUGAAACCAGAAGAUAUCAAUAUGGAUGUCAUGACUGGUCUCGCUAUGCACAAGUCCGACCAUCUCAAGCUUGUCCCCGUAAAAGUGAACUAUUGA